UAGACACGUGUUUCAUACCGCAUUUGUAAUUUUAUAUUUAAUGUCACUUCUCGUUGACAAGUGACAGGCUACAUGAAUAACUAGCUGCACAGUCAAAAUAUAGACAAUAGUUUUUGUAAGGAUAUAACUAAACAACAUAGUAUAAUGGUUUUAUGAUGCAUGUUGCGUGUAUACGGACGCCUGAGGCAUUAUUUUGUUGUAAUUCAGUAUACAGGAUUUAUCAGUGGUGAACCUUUCAGUUUAAGAUUUAAUUAAGAAGUUCUGUACAAAAUGGUUAUGCAUUAUGCAUAUGAUUUAUUGUGAGAAACUCCGGAUACAAUAGGUCAGCUGCACCGAAAGUGGACAAGCGAGUGGUAUGAAUGUAAAAAGGACACGUGCCAGUCGCCAUGUUUUGGCACUGCAUUAUGUUUGAAAGUUUGUGACGAAAACUUCGUUCAGAAAUUCAUCAUUUCCAUGUAAAUGACGACAAUAGACAUGUUUAGAAGAGGCUUCAUGCUGAUACCAGGUUGGCUUAACCGGCACAGACCCUCAGGUACGGUUACAGCGUUUAUGACAUUCUUCAUUGUUUGUUAUAUUGUCAUCGUCAAACUCGAUUCAACAGACCGUGUAGAAACAACUAGCGAAGAUGCGCACGCAUCACAACAUCCGGUUACGAAAGUGUUGAGAACACACGUAAACAUCAUUCCACCAAAGAUCAUAGAAGAAUUUGCUAAAGAUAACGCCGUAACCAAGGCAAACUAUGAUUACUAUGACGAUGUUGUUAAUACUACAGAGAAAACGAAAGAAAUCACAACUGGUAUACUUAUAGAAAGUGAUAAUGAAAGAAUGAUGAAAGAACAUUUGGAAGAUAAUGAAAGUGUUAUAGAAGACAACUGGCAAAACUAUCUAGAUAAAAAUAAUAGCGCAUCAAAAGAACUUAAUGUGAACGCAAAGUUAACUGGAAAUGUUGCUAAAAAUAGAAAUGUUCUUCCUAUAAGUAACCAUCGUCAUACGAGUGAUCGCUUAGCACAUUUACCAAAGUAUGUGAAAAUAUUUGACCCUUUGAAAGAAAGUGCAAAACUGAGAAAUUCAAUAAGUUCAAACCAAUGCUUAUUAUUAAAAACCAUGCAUGGAAAUGCACCUAUUUGUAUUCAUGACCCAGAAUAUGAUGAAGUUAUUUCCGGUAGCAUUUCCAACACCGGAACUUGGGAACCAAAUUACCUGUAUUCGGUUGGUUCCGUGCUCAAAUUAAAUAAUGAAAUUGAAUUCCUAGAUCUCGGGUGUAACAUUGGCGUUUAUACAAUCUUAGCUGCUCAUCUCGGACAUAGAGUGGUGGCACUUGACCCAAACAGGGCCAACCUUCGAUUGUUAACAAAAUCGUUAAGUCUAGGAGGUCUAAGGGACAAGGUAACGUUAAUAUGGAACGCCAUUUCAGACGUUCGUGAAAAUGUCACUUUGACAGAUAUUAUUGGUAACAUUGGAGCUACGUUCGUUGAGCCUGGUCACGUAGAAGAUACUGAUGAUGAACAUAAAGCAUUUUCAAUAACAUUAGAUGAUCUCAUACCACGUUUCGCAGGGAAGAACGUGUUUAUCAAGAUCGACGUUGAAACGUAUGAACUUAGAACGCUUCAAGGGGGAGAGAAUUUUUUUAAAGAAGUGGAAGUAGAAUAUAUUUUGAUGGAAUGGAUCUAUCAUAGAAAACAUGAGACAGGAAAAGAUAUUAUAGAGUUUAUGUCAAAGUACGGUCUGUUUCCACAUGUAAAUGCUCAUCAUAACACAAAACUGGAACCGGAAAAUUAUCAUUCAUGGCCUGGAAAUGUGUUAUGGAUAAAAUACUAAUAAAACAAAAAAGUAAUUAA